UUUCUUGUAUAUAUAGCUUUUCCAAGGCCGACAGAUAGAAGAUGUGAAUAAUGUUGAUUAGAAAUUAGUAGAAAAGGGAAAGAGAGAUUUUUGAAGGAAUUUGGUGGGCUACUCAUACUUUCUGGACUCACCACCAUAAAAACCAAAACUUUCUGAGAAAAACAAAACAAAGUUAUUCUCUCUUCUUAUUUGUUUAGGAAGAACCCCAAAGAUUCGAAUUUCUCUGUUUUCUAAUUCUUUAGCAAUGGAUGAUGGUGGUAUUGAGAGUAAUAAGUUUAAGACAAUUUGUGUCUUCUGUGGAAGUAAUCCUGGGAAUAGACAGGUCUUUAGUGAUGCUGCUGUUGACUUGGGUGCUCAAAUGGUUGAGAGGAAGAUAAAUUUGGUAUAUGGUGGUGGAAGUGUUGGAUUAAUGGGUUCGAUAUCCAGAAAGGUUUUCGAAGGAGGUUGCCAUGUUCUUGGGGUCAUUCCAAGAGCUCUUAUGCCUCUUGAGAUAUCUGGACCAACCGUAGGUGAAGUAAGAGUAGUUCCGGACAUGCAUGAACGUAAAGCAGUAAUGGCUAAAGAAUCUGAUGCGUUUAUCGCGCUUCCUGGUGGAUAUGGAACAAUGGAAGAGACAUUGGAGAUGAUAACUUGGUACCAAUUAGGAAUACAUACCAAACCGAUCGGUUUGCUAAAUGUUGAUGGAUAUUAUGAUACUCUUCUGGCGCUGUUUGAUAAUGGCGUGAAAGAAGGUUUCAUCAAACCAGCUGCUAGAGGUAUAGUUGUGUCUGCACCAACGGCGAAAGAAUUAUUGACGAAAAUGGAGCAACAAAUUCAGUUCUCCGACCAUAUUGCUCCACAUGAAAGCUGGAAAUGAAGAACCUAAGGUGAUUACAUCCAAGGGGAAACUCCUCCGUGAAAUUCAUAAUUACAUUCUAAAACGCUGAAUUCCCAUUUGGAUUUUCAUUCUUUCGGAUAUCCAUUCUUACGUAUGAGAAUUUAAUUAUGGGUGCACAACUGUUCAAUAUCAUAUCUAUUUUGGAUGUUCAUCUUAGUUUGCUUUUAUAAAAUUCAAAUGAAGAUAUCGUGUUUGCUUCUCA